AUAACAAUCAAACUCUACAUAUUGGUUUCGCAGUGUGGUGAUACUCAGACGGUGGAAAUCAAUGGCAGCUACAUUCACCAUCACAACAACAGCGGCAGCAACUCUCUCAAAUGUUUCAGGAAACAGGAGCAGAAUCAGAGGUUUGAACCCUAACCCUAACGCUAUCAGCACCAGUUCCAGUUGCAGUGCGAUUGCUACUUCAUCGAAGCACAGGCUCCUCGGGGAGAUUCUUCAUCCGCGACUGAAUGCGAUUCCGCUCGUAAGAACCACGAGGCAAAGGGGUUUUGUGCGGGCGAGUUCGGAGGAUGCACCACUACAGUCCAAAGUAACUCACAAGGUGUUCUUCGACAUCAGCAUUGGAAACCCCGUUGGGAAGCUUGCUGGCAGAAUUGUGAUUGGACUGUUCGGUGACGAUGUUCCUCAAACUGCAGAGAAUUUCCGUGCCCUCUGCACCGGAGAGAAGGGUUUUGGAUAUAAAGGCUCCACCUUCCACCGUGUAAUCAAGGAUUUCAUGAUUCAAGGAGGAGACUUUGACAAAGGAAAUGGAACUGGAGGCAAAAGUAUAUACGGGCGCACCUUCAAAGAUGAGAAUUUUAAACUCUCUCAUACUGGACCUGGAGUUGUGAGCAUGGCAAAUGCAGGCCCCAACACAAAUGGAAGUCAGUUUUUCAUUUGCACGGUGAAGACACCAUGGCUGGAUCAGAGGCAUGUUGUAUUUGGCCAAGUUUUGGAAGGCAUGGACAUUGUUAGGCUGAUUGAGUCGCAGGAGACAGAUCGGGGAGAUCGUCCAAGAAAGAAGGUUACCAUCAGUGACUCUGGUGAGCUUCCAAUUGCUUGAUGUGGUGGCUGUUUGUUUGUUGAUCCUCGCUUUUGAUUGGCGGUUGCUCGUCGACAAAGGAUGGGGAGAGUAGAGAAAGAAAGGAGGGACUUUAUUUCUCUAUAUAGAGUUUCAUUUCACUGCUGAGUUGAGUUUAGUACCAUUUUGUUUCCUUUCUGAUCCCAGAAACUGCUAGCACCUGUAUUCCAGUAGAUUUAGUUUGAGUUGGUGUCACGUUAGAAAAAUUCAUUUCCAAUCUGACCACAUCAUUAAGCCAAAGUGGAUUUUUCCAUUUGGAAUUGGACUCUGAUAAAAUUCUUGAAAUCUUGUAUGAGAGGCAUGGUCAAAUUUUAAUAUUA